AUGGCUCCCACCGCUCUUGAACAAGAGAACCUUUCUCGCGAUGCCGACUUCAACAAGGCCAUGCACGGCAAGUCCGCCAAGUCUCGUGGUGGUUUCGCUGCCAUGAGUGGCAAGGACACCGCCGCCCAGAAGGCCGCCGUCGACGAGUACUUCAAGCACUGGGACAACAAGGGUCACGAGGAGGAGACCGCUGAGACUCGUGAGGCUCGCCGUAAAGAGUACGCCACCUUGACCCGACACUACUACAACCUGGCCACCGACCUCUACGAGUACGGUUGGGGAUCUUCCUUCCACUUCUGCCGCUUCGCUUUCGGCGAGCCCUUCAACCAGGCCAUCGCCCGCCACGAGCACUACCUCGCCAUGCACACCGGCCUUAAGGACGGCAUGAAGGUUUUGGAUGUUGGCUGCGGUGUCGGUGGUCCUGCCCGUGAGAUGGUCAAGUUCAGUGGUGCCCACGUCACUGGUCUGAACAACAACGACUAUCAGAUCGACCGUGCCACCUACUACGCCGAGAAGCAGGGUCUGUCCGACAAGAUGGCCUUUGUCAAGGGCGAUUUCAUGCAGAUGAAGUUCCCCGAUAACUCCUUCGACGCCGUCUACGCCAUUGAGGCCACCGUUCACGCCCCCGAACUGGUCGGCGUCUACAGCGAGAUCUUCCGUGUCCUGAAGCCCGGUGGUACCUUUGGUGUCUACGAGUGGCUCAUGACUGACGAGUACGACAACAACAACGCCGAGCACCGUCGCAUUCGUCUCGGUAUCGAGCAGGGUGACGGUAUUUCCAACAUGGUCACCAUCUCCGAGGGCAUCAAGGCCAUCCAGGAUGCUGGCUUCGAGCUCCUCCACCACGAGGAUCUGGCUGCCCGCCCCGACGUCACCCCCUGGUACUACCCGCUGGCCGGUUCGUUCAAGCACAUGGGUUCCGUCUGGGACUUCUUCACCAUUGCCCGCAUGACCUGGUGGGGCCGUGGCAUUGCCCACCGUUUUGUUGGUGGUUUUGAGAAGGUCGGCCUCUUCCCCAAGGGAACCCGCAAGACUGCCGACAGUCUGGCUCUGGCCGCUGACUGCCUGGUCGAGGGUGCGGAGAAGAACCUCUUCACCCCCAUGUACCUGAUGGUCGGCAAGAAGCCCGAGUAG